AUGUUAACAUCCUCCAAUUCAUCAACAGAGAGGACAAAUUUGUCAACCACUGUUCUUGAAAGCACUUACCCCUUGGAGACUUCUCACAGUUUCACAAACGAGACUAGCUUACAUAUAAACUCAACAUACCUGGCUCCGGCCAGAUAUGUGAACACCACUCAUCUGGUUCUUCCCUUAUACAUCAACUCAACCUAUUCAAAUGCUGAAAGUACAUCUGCUGGUAAAGUUGUUCAAGUGACCGUAACCUUGUCUGGUACAACCACCAUAUUUUUGACUACAUAUGAUUAUUUGAUCUCCCAUACUGACAGCACUGUUCAAACCACACACCCAGUAUCUGGUUAUACAAAUUCGGUUGGGAAUCCGGUUGCUUCACCUAAUGUUAAUAUAGUUCCAGCACCUACGAUUACUAUAAAGCCAACUCCCAUUACUAAAGCUUCGACUUCAGAAUCGUCCUCGGUCCAUUCCACAUUGCAAGAGAUGCUUUCAAGCACCACUACAACCAGCACAAGCACAUCGUCUUCUUCAAAUGCAAACACACAUUUAACUACUGUUCAAUCCGAAGCUGUAAAGCCGGUAGCAACUAUGCGCUUUAGCACCAACCUAGGUUACAACACAACCUCCACAAAAGCAAGCACUCUUUUGUCAACAGCAAAGACCGUGGUUACAACCAAAUCUGUGACUGCUUCCCAACAUACCACUAAUCGAAGUGUGACAAGUAGUUCAGUCAAACAAAGCUCGACUACUUCAAACACUAAGCUGACCACUAUCCAAACUUCCCAGAGAUCAUCCUCAUCCGGAAUCUCAACAUUCAGCUCAUUAUUGAUUCAAAAUUCUACUCAAACUAGACCUUCUACCUCCUUCCAUUCAAGCCAAGUGAACUCAACCUCCAGCCUAUCCAGUCUUAGAAGUACGAAUACCGCAACCACUCAUCUUUCCCAAUCUACUGGUACUUCAACAGCAGUAAGCAUCUUGUCUUCAUCCAGAAUAACAUCUAGUUCAAGUAUGUUACAAUCUACUGUAUCUCAACCCACAGCAGUGUCUGCAAUUUCACAACACAAUUCAACAUUGGUAUCAUCCAUCCUUUCCAGUUCUACCACGGUUAUUCUCGCUACACCUUCGAGCACCACCCAAUCAACCUCAAAUAGAAGCUCAACAGGAACUAACACAACUGUAACUGGAUCUAGAUCCAGAACAACUAGCAGCGUAUCCAGCUUGUCGGUUUCUAGUACACUCACUUCCAUCAGCACAUCGCAAUCCAUGUCUAGUAUCAUCCACAGUGGCAGUACCAGUCAAGGAAGUUCAACAAGAACAACUUCAACAAGCAGUGCUUCUAGUGUAUUUACUUCCAGUAGCACGUCCCAAUCCAUUGUUAUUGGCUUCACUGGUCCUAAUGGUCCAGGUGGUGGUCUUGGCGGUUUCGGAGGACCAACGACAACAACAACUACAACAACCAAUCCUGGUAAUGGUUUAACUGGUCCUAAUGGUCCAGGGGGUGGUUUUGGUGGAUUGGUCGGAUCAGCGACAAUAACAACUACAACGAGCAGUACUGGAUUGGGAGGAACUGGUGGUCAAGGAGGAGUUGCUGGUGCCGGUGGUUUC